AUGGAAGCUAGGAAUCAAACUAUGGUGACUGAAUUUCUUUUUUUGGGAUUUACAAAUCAUCUCCCACAGCAAGUUGUCCUCUUUCUAAUGUUUCUAUCUUUUUAUCUUGUCACUGUUUUUGGGAACUUGGGUAUGAUCAUUCUGAUAUGGAUAGACUCCCAGCUUCACACUCCCAUGUAUUUUUUUCUCAGUCACUUAUCCUUUGUGGAUAUCUGCUCUUCUUCUACUGUUACACCCAAGAUGUUGGUGGACUUUUUUACGGAGAAGAAAAUCAUCUCUUUUCUGGGCUGUGCAGCCCAGAUGUGGUUCUUUGUAUUCUUUGUAACCACUGAGUCCUUUCUUUUAGCUGCAAUGGCAUAUGAUCGGUGUAUGGCAAUCUGCAACCCAUUACUAUAUACAGUUAUCAUGUCCCAAAGUGUCUGUAUACAACUUGUGGUUGGGCCUUAUGCCAUGGGCCUUCUAGCCUCUACUACUCAUAUGGCCUUAACUUUCUGGUUACCCUUUUGUGGCCAGAAUGUCAUCAAUCAUUUCUUCUGUGACAUCUCACCCUUACUCUCCCUUGCAUGUGCAGACACCCACAUCAUUAAAUUAAUCCUUUUCAUCAUGGCUGGGGUUGUUGGAGUCUUAAGCGGACUAACCAUUCUUGUCUCUUAUGUCUAUAUUCUCAUGGCCAUCCUGAGGAUCCGCUCUGCUGAUGGGAAGUCGAAGGCCUUUUCUACCUGCUCCUCCCAUCUGACUGCUGUCAGUAUCAUGUAUGGAACCCUUUUCUUCAUCUAUGUGCGUCCCAGUGCAAGCUUCUCCCUGGAUCUCAAUAAAGUGGUAUCUGUGUUCUACACAGCGGUGAUCCCCAUGUUGAACCCCCUUAUUUAUAGCUUGAGGAACAAGGAGGUGAAAAAUGCAUUAAGAAGGACUUUAGAAAGGAAGAUGUCUCUACUGGGCAAGUAA